CUCCUUCGAAAAGCAGGAUGCUUCUCCCCUGUUCAGGUUCACUACGCCGUUUUCCCGCCCUUGUCCAGCUAUUGGGUGGAACGUGCAGGGUCCGCACUACAUUCCGGCACCUUGGUUUAUCAUAGCUCCCUCUUUAUCUCUAACCUCCCAGUUGGGAGGCAACAUAGAAGAGAAGGGGUGGCGGGGAUCGAUAUUCAGUGACAAUACAUAUUUGAGGUUAGCUGGGAGCAGCUCGCUUCCUUGUCUUACUCGGAUCCGAUACUUGGAAUUCUAUCCUGCUCCCCGAACUGCUACUCUGCUAAUCUAAUUCGAUACCGUGAGCCUCAUUCCCUGACAGUCAGUGACAGUCUGACAGGAGAGGAGUGGGCAGGCGGGAGGGAGACGCGCACUGAUCGCCAUCCUGACUAGCCAGGAUUCGUCAACUCGGUUCUCCUUUGCCACAGCUAUCUUUCCCACGUCUUGGGUUAGUGUUUUACUCUGCCGUGUUGGCUUUCCGUGCCAGUCAAUUGGCCGGGGAAGGGCAUGUCUGUGUGGGGAGGGGAAGAGUUUUGUCUGUCAUGUUUAUCUCUCUCGAUUCGAGGCACCCCCCUUGUCCCCAACAAAAGACGCUUCUACAGACGUACAUAUGUACUCUGCAAGGUAACUCUGCAGACGCGCCACUUGACACGUCUCCUUAGACUUCAGUCCCAUCACUCAUUGGCCAUGAGCCGGAGAAAUACUGGAUAUAUCACAUGAAAAAGCCAUGCCCGGGGACAAAGUCCCCCUAACCAUAAGCUUAGUUCAAAAUCUUGAUGAUGAUGCUGGAGUAGCUAAGUCCCCUAGGCGUCGCACGAACCAACCGGGCCAAAGGAGAUGCGGAUCUCGAGGUUUCCUCUCAUCCCCGGUGACAGGCCGAUCCGCGCCACUGGGAAUGCGACUGGGGAAAGAAAAUCAGGGCCCGUUCCAGGGAUGGAUAGGUGGCGAGCCGUUCACCUAGAUGCACAGUGAUGGGAGGAACGAUGGAUAUCUUGGAAAUAUUAAACCCUUCAGCCAGCCUCUUUUUCUUCCUUUCGAAAUCUCUUGUUCGUGAUUUGGCGGGUGCAAAGCUACCCAUUAGUUUUCUGCACAUUACCUUUUUCCUUGUCCUUCUAUCCACUCCUUUAAAAAAGGGGCACCGAAUGGGGGAUGCCAGAGCGAUUCCCCUAACUUAUGGGAGCCACGGCAAGUGGCGGUGUAGUUGGGAGUUGUUCAUAGGAUAUCGAUGAGACGUUUGAACUAAGGGCUUCGUAUCCCUAUACCGCUCUACAGGGAGCGAAAAAUGAAGGCAUCGCCAUGCAUCUCUCUGCUGGUGUUGCUGGCAAAAAUAUGUGCAGGAGUCCAAGAUAUGUUUCUGGGGAUGUUCCAAUCAAUUCACUCGCCCCAGGUGAAGAGUAGGUUCUGAUAUGCUGCCGGUCCCAUGGCGAUAAAUGGCCUCACCGCAUCAAUCAUAUCUUGACUCCUCAGACCGUUAGGAUGAGAUAGCUCGAGACUAGAGCCAGGGAGGGGUCAACUUCUUGGGGAUAUCAGUUACGAAAAUUGUCUAGACAUUUUUGAUUGGAGGCCGAAGUUGUGGCAAGAGUUCCUUGCUGCAAAAUGCGUAGAGGUUGGACUUGACUUCAGAUAUACCUGUCUCAUAUCCCGCUUCUGCGGGUGAGGAAGCCUCCUUCACAUAAAGUCACGUUCGAGGCAGUACCCAUCAUGCGUUGCUUGCUUUUGACUGACGAGGCGCUCCAUUUUACAUCCACAUCAGCGUCGAAACACUCUUCAUCCAGAAGUUACUUGCCCCUGAAAUCAUUCUGGUUCAGAAACGGGAGCUCCUUUCACAUUCUUGUCACGAGACGUUGAUAUUGCUAAAGCAUUUACAGGUGCUCCCCAGAAUUGCUCUUUCCUACUGUCCUCUCCUACAUUGCACGAAACCCGGGCCUUGCACGCCGGAUACGGUGGGCCUCCAUUCUCUAUCAAUGGGGUGUCUCUCUCUAGUGACUGUGGUAGAAGCUAUUUCCUUCACUUACAAGUAUGACAUGAACCGUUCCAGACAACGUGAAUUUCAUACUCUCCUUUUGAACGCAUCGAAAGCGGUUCAGCUGUGUCAGAAGUGGAUAAGAGGCGCCAGAAAAUGUGAAUAUAUCUGUUUUUCGAUUUCAUCUACAGGGUACAUGUACAAUUCUAAUCCCUAAGGCAUACCUUGGAAGGGGAGCUGGGGGAAACGAUCAUGGCGGUACCAACAAUAAAGGGCAUGGGAGAACCCAGCAGCGCGCUCUUCUUUUAGCCCCUGAAUCAUCGAAUGGCCCAUCUACUAAGUCCCCCUUUAAACAACGGAUUAUUGAUAUGUUUGGCAUUCUUUACUCACUUGUCUUCCUUCCCUCCCCAUGGUCUAUAAAUUUGCAUUUUCCCCCUCCCCUGCACAUGCACCGUUGAAUACGCUGCAAAUAUAAAGUCAUCCUCAAUUCGCCAAACAAAAGAAAGAAGUUGGCGGGAAAAAAAGACACUGCAAAAUUGCGACUUGCGGAACUGAUUGAAAUAUGAAAUGAAAAUAUAACCCGUUUAACCACCUGGAUCACAA